UCUUGAUUUGAGAUCGGGGAUUUAGUGGAUUAGAAAAGGUACGACUUUUAUGUUUUAAAUGCACAGCUGAAAUAACAGUCAGAUUUGUUUCCCCUCCAUAAUUUUGCUGAAGUCGAUAUCGUAACUAAAUGGCGUCAUGUCGGAGUGCUGUGAGAAGUUAUUGAGCUUUUAACCUAGGUAAACAAUCCCGUGGCGCCGCUGCGAUGUAAAUCUCUUUGUCCUUCCACGCUUCCCUUUGAAGCUUUUAACGGUGUACUUCCUCUUUACAACGUUCGAUCCAAACUGAAGGACUCUUGCAGGAAAUAGAAAAUCAGUCGAGUGAAAGGGUAGUUUUGACUAAAACGCACGUCAAGUAACGGAAAGAGACGCAAUCAGGAAUUGUUUUGGUUUUAUUCAAUGAAAGAGUGCUCAGGGUCAUGUUACGUUAAUCGGAAGCUCUACUUGUUGAGCCUACAACACUUUCGUUAUCACUACACAAGUUGCAAGCGUUUUAAUCGGUGAAUACUGAUUCGUGUUUCCAUGGCAGUUACUCCAAGUCGAUUUUCAUCCAUGUUGUGGCACACAAUAUCAAUAUAUGUCUACACCGGUCGUUUGACUUAUCGGAACCAUUGGUGCUUUGCCAAACAGGAAAUCUGAACCGAUAGGAAUAACUGAUGAAUUGAUUUAGAACGGCACGUUUCUAUAAUCCAGGUCUUACAAAGCGUUUCUCCAGUUUUCGAUUUUUGAAUGGUUAAUCGUUGUUCUUCGGUUAGAUAUUUCUUUUUUCGUCGAUCGAUUUCUGUCGCUUGUUAAGGGAUGAGUCGUUCCUUCGCGAGUUCAUGUUCAUUACAGUACGUAAACGUCAUGAUUUAAGUGUAUGAACAUCUAGCGUCGUAAGAGAAUAUAAGACUAUAUGACGAUAUUCUUCAUUUUUUUAAAUUUCUGUUCAGAGCGGGGAUUAAUUUUGGUUACGUGAAAAGAGGCCUUGGUGGAGAUCUUGCAUCACGUUCCACUGUGCCAAACAAAAUGGUGGAUAAUGUUGAACCGACGAUUAACACUCUUCUGCAUGAUAAACAUUAUAAACACCUUCUCGAUGAUGUUCGGGGGGACGAGAAUCCUUCAUGGUAAGUACGUUAAUUUUGCGUAGCUCUUCAUCGAGUGACUUGAGCCAAAGCGAAGCCAUGUACUUUUGGGAAUUACGUAUACUAUCACAUGUCUAUCGCUUCACUUCGAUCAACGAUUCACAUACUGAAGCGUAUCUACAUUUUUAUUGUCAUUAUUAUUAUUUUCUUUCGUCGUAUCUCAUCAAUUGAGAAAUAUCUCUUCAACUAACAGAUACUUAGAAGUGGAUUUGCGUAGUCAAUCAGUGUAUUAGAUGUUUACUAUUUUUGGUCCCGAUCAGGAUCUAUUGCUCAGGCUUGACUUGGAGUCGCGCCCUGUUGUUUUCGUUUCGUUUCCUGAUGCAAUAUCAUUGCAAUAAUGCUUUGCAACUGUCUUCUUGACGCAAAACAUAUACAGGGCUGAUGCCCUACUUAUAUUUUCACUCAGCGGAUCGUUUUACCCCCUUUUUUUUCUAAAUCGACGAAUACAAUGUCGACAAGAUUGUUAUAGAUAUUGGCUAAUGAACUUGUCAAAGUUGACACGGUAGAGUAUCGUGUGCGAAUGAAAGUCACGCUUUCUUUGAAUUUUGUCUGUAUUCUGUCACGUGAAUAUCACACGCGGGUCAAACUUAUGAAUGUACCUUGUGAGUGCUAUAGAUCACGUCAAGUUAAAAUCCACAAGCGAAUUAUUUCAUCAGAAAGGUGAACUUAAAGUAUUAAAACGAUUGGGACUUCCUUGCUGUAAAUUAUAAGAUGGACCGUAGGAUCAAAUCUGAAAAACCCAGGUUAGAUUCAUUACCUCUAGGAAGAGCAACUGUGUAGCAAAUGCUUUGAAUUAUUAUUUGUUCCAUCUUUUAGAAACACAUCCAACUUAAUGUUCAAAUUAUAAUUAAGUGGUAUGUUAACUUAGUCACAAGGUAAAUGUGUUUGGAGGAAAGAUUCUACAUGAUAAACAAUCACAAAACACUAUUGCACUGCAUCACUCACUUUGUGUUUACUGUUGAAAACUACUGUCAUAGAUUUUCAGGAAAACUGCAUUGAGUUCAUGGGGAUUUAAUUUUUCUGGUAAGGUUCUUUGAAAAUUCCCUAACCCACCCUUGUUAAGUUUUGCAGCCAAAAAAAGUUGCCAUAGAGUAAGAAUUGGGAUUAAAUGCCCUCUUUUUCUUUCUCUAAAUUGAACAGCAUUUGACAUUUUAUUGAAAUCAUCUUUUGGACAUUAGCCCUUGUGGUUGCAAAACAACAUGAUAUCACCAUCAGAAAUAACACUCGACUUUGUGACAGCCCACCAAAUUACCUAUUUUGGUUAUACUUUGAUUUUCAUAAUGAAACAAGGAGGAAAGUGUUUAAUCUGUUGAAAACUUAAUAUUAAUUUACAAAAUGAUAUUUUGCAAUAUACUUUUAUUACAGUUUUUUUUCUCGUCCCACACCUGUGGUCACAAAGGUGUUCCUAAUUUGGUUGCAAAGUUCAAUUUGGCAAUGCAUCAUACCAUUGACCCUUACACUUUUCAUAUCUGAUCAAUGAUUCUCUCUUUUGGUGGAAUGGAUUUCCUAGCAAAUUAGUCUAGGAAAUAUGGUGUUACACAGUUUAAUAUUGAGAUAUAAUUUUAUUACUGAUGGACUUUUCUCUACUCAAAUUAAAAACUUUUAGGCGAAGUUACUUUUUCAUCACCUCUGAGAGGAGGUUGGGGUUAGUUAAUAGCCAAUCCUGUGUGACUCUUCUUAUUUCAAUUCAACCCUCAGACUCCCAAGAUCUGAUUGUGAAUAUUUCUCUCUAGCUGCUACAUAUUUCUUUGUAAGUUAGGUACAAGAAUUUGGUUUUAGAUCAAAAUAUUAAGUAUAAGAAUUCUCAUCACCUGUUUCAUGGAUAAUAUAUAGAUAUUAUUGGGAGAAGUUACUUGUUAAUCACUUCUGGGAGUAAAGGUAUAUCAAGUGUGAAAGUCAGUUUUGCUAUGGUAUAAUUCCAGCCCUCUCUUCAACCUGACUUCCAAUUCUGCUGCUAUAAAAAGUGACAAGUGCAGUUGUUAGUAUUGUUGUGUAAGCUCAUUAGUUAUCCAGUUGAUUGACUGAUGUGCCACUUAUGCUGUGAGAAAGGAGCUUGUCAGUUUUACAAGGCUUUAUUUAGUGAUGACUUUGACAAACUUCCUUUGCAACCAAACAAUACUUGUCAAACCAGUGUGGACUUGCCCAAAACCACAAGCGAAAUGCAACAUCAGCAACUUUUUUUAGUGAUGUUCUUAAGUACUACUGGUGCAAAUUCCUACAUCUAGUGGCAGAGUGUCGUUUAUUAAAGAAUUAUGUUGUACAUGUAUGACUUGUUUUGAGGCAUUUAUUGAAAGCAUCAAAGAUCUUUACCAGUUAUCAACCAAAUGGGUGACAAAUCAUAUGUUGGUGUAACUUGAAGGGUUUUACAAUCUUUGUUUGACUGAAUUUCUUCCUUCUCUUUAAUUGUUUUGAGGGUAAACAAAUUGAAGUUGUUUUUUUUCCUUUGUUGUGUAAUUUUUUGUCAGUACAAAAAAAAUUGUGGUCAAAUGCAGGAAGUUGUUGUUUUCCUCUAGAAAGUCAGGAAGUUCAUUAAAUAGCCCAAGGUUAAUGACAAUUUUUUUUUGUCCUUAUCUUACCUUAUAGCUGUCUAUUGUCAGGUAUUAAAAAAAAAAAGUGUGUUGCCAAUUGAGUUGUUAUUUAUUCAAACAUGCUCUCAUGAAAGACAUGUUAUGAAAGAGUUAAGUCAAGAAAGUCUUAAAUAAGGUGUUUACUGCUAGAACAGAAUUUAAAGUUUGUUUUCUUGCCAAAAUCCUGAAGAUCACCUGUUGCUAAGUGGAUUAAAUUUCUUUUGUUGUCUGAUGAGUUUAACUUAGCAGUAGUAUUACAUAAGAGAUAAGAAAAGUGUCAGAUAGUGUUGAGGCCUUCCAACAUUCAUCAGAUUAACUUCUUUGUUGUUAGAAGUCAAAUUUGCCUAGGUCAACAGUGGUAGAUAUCAGGUUUCUAUUGUGUCUUAUUGUUUUUCUAUAAUGUCAGUGGUUGCAGAAACAAUGGCUUUUGUAUUUCUCAGUUAAAUUUGGCACAAUAACAAUAGUUGGCAGAGGUGAUGAGUUCCGCUGACACAAAUAUAAUGGCAAGCCGGCACCUUUUUAGCUUAGUCAGCUUAGAGAAUUAUUCAGUUUCACUAGUUAAAGUGAAUUUGAAACUUUGGAUCAGUUCAGUAGUAAUACAAAGCAAAGAUGUCAUGUACUCUGGAUUCAGGCUUUCCAAAAAUGAUGCACUGGGACAAAGAUUUAUGCCACAGGUAGCAGAGUCAAUCAUAUUAUGCAGCUUAAUAGCAGCCAUAGAAAAUUUCUGUUACAUUUUCACAGCUUUGCUUGUGCUUUGUUUUUCGUGAGCUAGCUUAAUUUAAAAACAUGGUCCAGUUUCAUGAAGGGUUUCCCAAUCCAAAGCUUCUUAAUACCUGCAGUAUUCCACGACAUCAUUUAAAUGUGGUAGUUGAUAAAUUUCUGGUUAGUUAUAGGUUUGAUUUACAAUUUCCUAUACGGUAAUGUACUUUUAAUCUGUAAACAAAGAAACUGCAGUCGCGAGUCAUUUCAACAAAGUAGUCUCAAAUACAGCAUUGAGUCAUGUUUAUUAGCCACCUUUGUUGAACAAUAGUCCUUAGUAAAUUUGUCUUCAGGUGAACUUCUGAUUGAAGGUUAACAACAGAUUUUCAAACACAUGAAUUUUAACAAGGAUCAAUAUUUAAGAGUGAGCCAAAUUAGAAUCUAUAUUGUCCUUAGAGUAAAAGUGGCAUUUGUUGUUGUUGUGUAACACAACUAACCUUUUCUUACUUUCGUUUUCAGUUUUCUGUCUCCACUGGAAACAGGAGAAGGUAAGAAAUACAAAAUUUGAAGACUUGUUUGUUUUCUUUGUUUGAGUAUGUUGCAAUCAGCUAUAUCAGUGAUCUGUUUUGAAAGUUGGCAUAAAACCAAAAUGAAAAUAUUAUCUCUAGUAAUGUCAGUAGUAAAUUGCCACAUUUUCUGAGUACAAAGCAGCUUUGAUUUUGUAUCAAGUGGAGAAAUACGUUUUUAUGUUUUGUUCUGAUGUAAAGGGAAUUUGAACAAAUGUGUGCUGUGUGAGUGACUAAUCUGUAAGUGGAUAUCCGGAGUAGUUAUAUUUUUGUUUUUAGGAUAUUGGAUAAUUCAGUAAUCUGAGAUAACAUGGCGCAUAUACAAGAAAACAAUGCCAUGCACCUUUGACCCCUUUGCGGAUGUUUCUGGAUGCUAAUCUUUACAUGUAGUGUAUUGUUUGCAAGUAAUUUCCUUCAAGUCUUAGGAAAGGAAAAAUUGAGCUGAAAACAAAGAUUUUGUGAAAUAUUGCAUUCCCAGCUGUAAGAUAUUGCAUAAUAUAAAAUCCAACUCUUUAUCUUGGGAUCAAAUUUAGAGCUGCGUUGAUGAAAAUUCAGAAUUGUGGUGAAGCCAACAACUGCAGGUCAUCCUCACGGAAUUAAAAGAAAUAUCAGUCUUUUUGCUAAAAUGUUUACUUUUUUUUUUAUUUUUUUAAUUUAGAUUCUCAAGACAAUUUUUUGCCGAGUGAUAUGAGGUCAUACGGCCAGCCAUUCCCGGUAAGCUGAGGAAUUAUUCUGUCAUUUUGUAGCUGUAGUCUUUCCACACAAGUGUUGUGUUACCCUUGCAUGGGUUGGCACUAGGAUACAUGUAGGAUUUCUCCAAUUUUUCUUGUUUUUGUUUGUGUUUGGCCCAAGUGAACUUUCCAUUGUUUUGAGGAGAAUGUUGCUGUAAUUGUACAUGUAUAUCAUAAUUUGAAUCUUGAUAUUGUGGCUUACUGUGUCAAGCAAAAGUGGAACUGAUAGUAUUUGCCAUAACAAAGGAAAUGAUAUCAAAUUAACACUGUGAUUUUGGGCAGUUGACGCGAAUCCACAUUAAGUCUGUGAUAUUACAUUAAUUCAGUUUGAGUCCACCAGGUUUCAACUUUUUCUCUAUUUUUUUUUUCUCAGAGAAGAGAUUUAAACUAUAACAAUGUGUGCUGUACAGUUAAAUUCAUUUCUAUUGUUUCUUGCCAUAGCUGUGAUUAGGAAAUGGGACACUUAUCUAUUUAAGGGAUUGAGAAAUAACUCCAUAUUGUAAAACUUUUGGAAAGCCCUUUCUCCUUUACAAGAAGGGAACAGCAUCUCAACAUGUCACAACAUCCCACCUCCAUCUUUAUAUUUUUAGUAGUUUUCAGGUACUGUUGGACACAGUGUUGGAAGCCAGCAUUCACUAAUUCAUGCACUUAACUGGAAGUAACGUUUCAUGACUUAAAUGUUGUGUUUGAAUUUUGUAUUUACACCACAGUACAUACCAAGUUCUCAGGCACCAGUGGAUUUGCCGACAUCUACCAGCCCCAAUCCCCCAGCUUAUCCACACAAUAUUCCGCAAUCUCCUGGCCUUGUGUCAGUGCACAGGAGCUCUUCUUCUAUUUCUCCAAUCAAUACUGCACAUUACGAGACUGUAAGUGGAUUCUUGGUUUGAAGUGCUUUUACAGUCACUGUGAUUAUUUUUCAUCUCAUGUAUUUUUGAGCAACAGUUCUGAGAAGUUCCAAAGGGAACAACCCACAAGAUUGCAUCAUAAGCACAGCAUGUACUUGUUUGCAAAAUUGUUACAUUUACAUUUGUAAGCUCUUAGAUCUUUAAACUUUCUUAUAAACAGUCAUUCAGGGAUAUUGCUUUUUUUCCUAAGUAUUUAAGUUUUAAAUUUUCCACAUUAUUGUGGUAGAUGUACGCAUGUAAUUUUACUUAGGACUAAAAUUGUCUUUAACUGCUUGACUCUCCAUUAUCUGUGAAACCUUUGAUCCCUCAGAGUGACAAGCAUCAGAUUUCUUCCCACAGUAAUACUGCUCCAUCAUUCAUUAAGAUCUUGAGAACAAAGGAAAUGAUUGCCAAUCUAAGAAGCUUUGAUUGUUAAACAAAUUCUCCUUGUCAGUACUAAAGGAAAUGUGUAGAGAAGAGUAUGUAGAAUUUGGAUACUAAUAUUAGGGGGUGAAGGGUAUAUCAAAUGAUUGCUACAAAUGCAGGAUGUUAACAGAGAUACUUUACUCUACAGUCUAGCACAUACAGUGACGCCUCCACUCCUGGUACUCCAGCAACUUCAUCUCCCAACAUGGUGCACACCUUCAUGCACCCUUCCCGCUUACCGCAGAUUCCCAGCACUACAGAAUACCCAGGAGAAUUGAAUUUCCAGUUAUCUUUUGGCCCUCUGACUGAGUCAGCCUCCAAGUCUGCCACAUGGACCUACUCGGAUGUCUGCAAAAAGUUAUAUGUGAAUCUAAACAGUUACUGUCCAAUUAAGUUUAAGACAUCUUGUCCCCCAUUGCCUGGGACAUACUUGCGAGCUGUUGCGGUAUUCAAGGGCUCCACUAAUUUGCAUGAUGUUGUGAAGAGGUGCCCCAAUCAUAUGGAGAACUCCAAUGACGGUAAAAAUCUCCUUUAUUAAAUGUAGCUUAAGACCCAUCUGUUAUUCUCUAGCUUGAACCUGUUUAAGGUUUAACUAACCACUGUUUUAACAAGUAACAUAGUUCAUGUAUGUACAAGUAAUUGUUGAUAACAAAGUUAGGACAAAUGUAUGAUUUCCUUUUGGUAGUAUAUUCCAGUUAUCAAUCGAAACAAUAACAAUUAAUUUUUGCAUUCCUUGGUAUGAUGGGUCAUACCAUGGUCAUUUGGGUAUAUCAAAAUACUCUGGUAUUGGUUGCUUCAUCUUUUGACGAUGUCCAAUUUUUUUUAUAAACUAAUUCAAUAAAAACAAAUUAUCUCAAAAUACCCUCCACCAAUGCAGCAUCACAGUUUCUUUCAAAACUGAACCUCUUCAAUCUACUUUCUCUUGGUUCUUUGUGAUUUUCAAAGCAAAUGAAUAUUUUCAAAUGAAAUAAAUUGUUUUUGGUUUUUUGCUAUGUAAAGGCUCUGCUCCAAAUGCCCAUUUCAUGCGGAGUAACAAUCCUGCCGCCCAAUACCACACUUGUCCUGAGUCAUCAAGACACUCCGUCAUUAUUCCUUACGGUGGCCCACAAGGUGAGACUAGUUAAGAUGAAGAUCAUACUAGCAUACAGUUCAUUUAUUGCUGUUAAUUUUUUUUGCAAAACAAUGUGAGGUUGGGACAUGAGAGGUGACUGAGUUAUUUUGGAGGUCUUUUGCGACAAACUGCUAUAACUGUAUUGCUUGCAUAUAUACGUGUAUGCUAUGUUUAUGACUACUUUUCUUGCUGCAGUCAUAUCUGUACAUAUGUAGGCUACCCUUAAUUUGUUACCUGAAUUAUGGGCAAAAUUGUGUUGCAAGGACGCAUGUUUGAACAAAACUUCUCCCUUUAAAAUGCAAAAUUGUUUACUCUCAGUGAUCCUGUUUGGGUGCAGUCAUUUUCCCUCAAAGUGCCUCUGCAUGUUGAGGUUUGUAUGGAUACAGAGAGAGUAUGAAGAACUACACAUGUAGUCACAAUUUGAAUUGCAGCCUGGAAAGGAAGCAGCAUUGGUUAGGGCAAUGAAAUCAUCCAGAUGAUAUAACAUAUUCACUUCAUAUACUAUAAGUUUGGUCUCUAAAUCUGAGCUUUACCUGAUAGCACACUCAUUUUAUGUUUCAGUUGGUACAGAGUAUGUUACCGAGAUGUUUGCAUUUAUGUGCUUCUCGAGCUGUGCAUCAGGGCCAAGCAGAAGGCCAGUUGAAGUUAUCUUCACACUCGAGAGGGACGGACAGACUCUUGGCCGACGUGUAGUGGAAAUUAGAGUGUGUGCUUGUCCAGGGAGGGACAGAAAAUCUGAUGAAAGGAUUGCAUGCGGUGAGCCUAGUUCAUCACAAGGAGCCAAACGCCCAAGAAAAGGUGAGUUUUAAUGAACUUUCUUUUUUACCAAGCACCAGUCAAUGAUCAAGGCAAAGGAUUGUAGCUUUUCACAGUCUGGUUUCUUGAAUGUAAGGAACACGUCACUUUUCAGACUUAAGAGUAGAGCUCAGAAUAUCAAAUGUGAAAGAGAUAUUCUGUUUGUUUUAUAAUUUGGUUCACCAGAGUUUUGAAUUUUGUGUAUUGUUUAUAAGUUGUUCAUAUACCAAUUUUUGCAUACAUGUUUACCAGAAAAUUUUGAAUUGCUUCAGGGUCAAAGGGUCCUAUGUCAAAGAGAAGGAGAACAAGCUCAAGAUCUCAGGAAGAAGAGUUCACAGUUACCGUAAGUGGAACUCUCAAAUAAUAGUCAUUUUAUCCUUGCAGGAAGUAAAUGUUGAUCUUAUAGUAGAUGUCUUAGAUCCCUGCUUGAAAAUUGAGAUGCCUUAGUAUAUAGCCAUAACUGAAAUGAUGAGCUCAAAUGUUUAGACACUUUAGCAAGAUGUGCUAGUCAUGGUUGCCAGAAAAAUUUUAAGAGACACCACCAAAAUUAUGAAAAUAAGUAUGAUCUAUCCACUUUGUUCUCAGUUGUUUUUGAAGUGAUAUCUCUGGUAAAUUUAUUUAACCCCCCAAGAUCUGAUUGUUAAUUCUCCCCUGUGGCUGCUACACAUUUCGUUGUGAAUUAGAUGCGAAAAUUUUGGCGUAAGAUCAAGAUAGUAACUUUUAUCUGAUAAGUUUGAGUAUUCUCAUAGCUGUUUGUUGGAUAAUAUAUUGAUAUUAUAGAGAGAAGUUACAUAGUAAUCACAGCCCUGACUACCAUCUCCACAUAUCCUCGUUGUAUAAGUAGUAAAUGCAAAGAAAAACCUAAAGGCUAGUUUGACAAACAUACCUGAACUGGUGUAAUUUGCAUAGUAGUGCUUCGUGGUCAAGUUUUUGCUUUCUCUUGUCGUAAUGGUUUCUUCAAUGCUUUUAUUUCUCUUUGCAGACAAAAAAUUAUCAUGUCUACGAGAUUCUGCUGGACAUGAAGGAGAAGCUGGAAGAGAAGUUUGAAAGUUGGAAUAUUCAGAGCCCAGAUCACUCAAUGUAAGUAAUCGGAGAUCCUUUUAGGAAUUCUCUGAAAUGUUCAUCAUACAAAUUUUCAUCACCGGAUAUUGGUCCUCCUUGCGACGAAAUAGCAAAUAGAACUUAAAAAUUCAUUGUAUGUCGCGAAGCAAAUUCUUUGUCCUAGGUCAUUGAAAGGGCAGGCUGUUGUUGAGUAAAGUUUAUAGGAAAAUUUGUGAUAGUUUUUGAGAGUGAACGUACAGUAAAGCGACGGAAAAUAAACUUGUUCCUUUUGAUAGACUUCUCUGUAGCAUGUUUUAACUUUUUUUCUUUAUCGGUCGAUUUCUGAGCAAUAAAUUUUAUUUGGUUUUAGAAGCCUUGGCCAUGUUUACGCUUUAUCGUUUCGACAUUUUGAACUGUGUGCUAUCAGUGUGUUUACAGCGUUUCAAGAGCAGUUUUUUCUUCUCGCUGUUUUUAUUACACGCAACAGAACAUAAGGAGUGAUUUGGGUGCAAUGAAGUAAAAAAGAUGGUUCGUAUUCGUCACCAACUUUUACAAUGAGGAACAAAAAUGAGAAAUUGCUUUGGGUUAGGGUUAGGCUAAUUUCUGUCCUCGCUACUUCGCAGUCGAAUGGUGUGCUAAGUUGUAGAGAAAUUAUUAGCGAGCCAAGUUUUGAACUUCUGUAAGCUCGUUAGUGACAUGCAAGAUAAAGGUUCGCAAAAAGCUGGUGAAUUAUGAGCCAAAUCGUCGAAUUCAGAAAGUUGUCGAGCACAAGAGGGUAACAGACAAAACUUUUGCUGCGUCAGCAGCUUGCUAAUCCCAUAAAGCUCCGGUUUGGGGGGUUUUAUUGUAAGGGAAAGUCUUGCAACUGCUAUUUUAGGUCUUAGUGAGACAACUUUUUAUUUCUUAUUAAAAAUUGUUUGGUUGUUGUCGUCGUGGCAGUAUUGAGAGAGAUUUUCCCAUUCCUCGCCUCGUUCACCAUUACAAUGUGUAAAUUUGACCGGAUUAAGUGAAAGAAAGGGAAAACGUUUGAAAAAUUGGUUUAUGUCUCUUCAUACAGUCUGUCAAGGUCUUUGGGAAACUUUAAAAAAAAAAACAUACACCCAUUUUUAGGCUUCAUGAGACCUUUUUAAGUGGAACAAAGAAUGUUUGUAAUUAGAUCGUCCAAGAUUCCCCGGGAAACCAACUACAGCGAAAAAGUACUUUUACUUUUAAAAUGCGUUGGUGUUCAAUCACGGUUUCUUUCUUUCCAAAAAGGGACUUUCCCUAAAGUAUUUCGCAAUGCUAAGUUUUUGAUUUCCUCUGUGGGCAGAACUCUAUUGUCCGACCGCGAAUGAAGUUUUAAAUUUCGCUGUACAAUAGGGGAAGAGUGUAUCGCGACAAGUUGCUGGCAGUUUUUCAGCUGUACUUUAGCCCUUCCCUGUGUAGGCUGUUGACCUCAGAUCGGAAACAAUAGCUUUUAAUUGUAUCUUCUGCUGUAAGGUGAAGUGGUUCCUUAGUCAGCUCAUCAUGAUUUCAAAACAUGAACACGCGUUCCAGCAGGUGACUUGUUGACAUCCCACAAAGUUAAAAUUAGCUCCAACUACUUUGUUGUCAAAUUGUGAGUCAGAAAAGUCUGUUUACCUUAACUUGCUCGCAAAUUACGUCUCAACAUGUUAUUAACAUGAGAUCAUUUGUCACUUAUGCGAGACUUACUGUAAAGUGACAAAGAUCUGUCUCAACAAGAAUCCUUUUUUCCGAUACAUGUUGUUUUUGUGUUUUCGAUUUUAUGUUUUUAACCGGUCGUGCAUGUGCUUGUGUGUAAAGGAAUUGAAAGUCAUUUUGUCCUCUUUCAGGGUUUUGAGUACAUCUGAAGACGAAGGUGAACAGCCGUCGACGUCCAGUAGUCCAGGGGCCGUGUACAAGAGAACGAGUCUUGCAUCCAUGUGAACAACUGAAAAAGCAGAGCUCCGCUAAAGUGCGUACACUUGCGAGCUCGAUAAACCAUUCUCAGUAAAUGUGUUAAAUGUGAUUUUUGUUAUGUUCAGGUUUUUUUACGUUAAUUUACUCAGGUGCUGAACUAUGAGUGAAUCAGAGUGUGUCUUUACUUCAAAUUUCUUUUAAUUUAUUUCUUUUUGGUUUUCGUAAUAGAAAGGUCAGCCAUGCUUUUUUUUGGUAGAUGUUAAUUCAGGUUAUAGUGCCGUUUUCAAAGCUUUGUUCAUCCUAUUUUAUGUACGUUGUUUAAAUACGAAAUUUAAUUCACAUAUCUGUUAAAAAUUUAGCCCUCUCCAUUUCAGAGGUUGCGUGAACGAACCUCAGGAGAGUAAUUUUUACGCUAGCGCAUCGUUAUGGGAAGGAAGCUUCGCUUGUAACUUUGAUACUGAUUUAUUUUGGAAAAAUCCUAUUGAAAAAAAAAUAUAUUUAGGGAGGCUUUGGUUUUACAGAGCGAUCUCUCAAAAACUCGAAUACACGCCACGCGUGAAAAAAUCAAUCACAUUUAGUGAUCAAAGCUCUAUUAAUUUAUAUCUAAAUGUCUUCUUUUUGGAAGACAAAUCACAUUUGGUUUUACAAAUGUCUGAUUCCUAGAAGGAUCUUAUGUGUUUCUAUUAACGCGAAAGCUAUAAAAUGACGCAUUUCCGAACGUUAAUGGCACUACCGGUUUUGAUUGCCUUUUUUCUUUCAUCCAUUUUGUAAUGCUACCAAUUUCUUCGUUAUACGCAAUUGCUGUGAAUUUCUCGCGCAAGAUGGCGGCAAAAGUUUGGGCCAAACUUUUUCGUAGUUAGGCUAAGCUAUUAGGUAUUUUUCCUUGAGUACAAGUUACUAAAGUUGAAUUUUUCUAAAGAUGGAGAAACGCCCCCAAUUAUUUUCCUUUGAUUUGGUGUGCAAUCAAAAUACUUUUGAAAUGGUUGUUCAGAUCAUUUUGCACUUUGGAUGAAGUCAUCACUUUGAAUUUUUCGCUUGUAUACCGCCUUCUUUGGCCGCCAUUUUGCCGAAAUACAGUUUUGUUUAAUUCAUUUGUACUAAAGGAUAUAUUUUGUUUGCAUAAAAUUGAUUAUUAUAAAAAGCUGGCUUUUAAGAGUAAUAUUUUUUCUAUAAUGAUUUUUGUGUUUGCUUUCGUCCAAAUUUUAACUCCUUCUCUCCUUGACAAAGCGAUGGUUUAAGGUUUUGGAAUCUCUUGCCGCAAAAUCAGUUGUGUUGGCUUUGAAACGAAAACCAUUCACUACUUUUAUGUGAUGUUGUAAUUCUUUUGAAAUGUGUUCUUCCUAUGAAAUUACCUUUGAUCUGCAUUUUUAAAGAUAAAUAUAUUUUGGUUUGUCGUGUUAAUUUUAAGGAGUGAAGGAGUUAAAUCAUUAAUGGUGAGAAAUGCUAUCUUUUUAUUGAUUCUGCAGUUCUCGAGAGAU